AUGUUGGGGCCGCCGGGCACCGUGGUGCGGAGCAUCCGUCCCUACCAGUCCAGCGAGCAGUACCUCUACGCCAUGAAGGAGGACUUGGCUGAGUGGCUGAAGGAGCUGUACGACCUGGACAUCCAGGUGGGCACUUUUGUGGAGGUGCUGGAGACGGGGGCCGUGCUCUGCUCCCACGCCAACAACGUCACCCACGUGGCCGAGGAGUUCGCCCUCUCCUGCCCCGACGUGGCCCGCCACCUCCGCCUGCCCACCACCGGCGUUGCCUGCAACCUCGCAGCACAGCCAGGCACCUUCCAGGCCAGGGACAAUAUCUCCAACUUCAUCCAGUGGUGCAGGAAGGAGAUGGAUAUUAAAGACGUCCUGAUGUUCGAGACGGAGGACCUGGUGCUGAGGAAGAACGAGAAGAACUUCGUGCUGUGCCUGCUGGAGCUGGCGCGCCGUGCUGCCCGCUUCGGCAUGCGCGCCCCGACUCUGGUGCAGAUGGAGGAGGAGAUUGAGGAGGAGCUCCGUCAGGAGCUGGACCUGCCACCUGCAGACACCCCCUUGUCCCGGCCCCCCCGGAAGCCACGGGACCUCCACAACCUCGACCAGAUGGUCCAGCACCUGGUGAGCCGCUGUACCUGCCCCGUCCAGUUCCCCAUGAUCAAGAUAUCCGAAGGGAAAUACCGUGUGGGCGACUCUGACACCCUCAUCUUUGUCCGGAUCCUGCGGGAGCACGUCAUGGUGCGGGUCGGGGGCGGCUGGGACACGCUGGAGCACUACCUGGACAAGCAUGACCCGUGUCGCUGCACCUCGCUCUUCGCUUGGGGGUCCCGUGUCACCCCCGGCCCCCGGUCCCCUGCCACCCCUUCGCCAGAGGGCUCGGGUCACCCACCGGGUGCCAGCCCUCGCCGGGGGGUCCCUUCAGGCAGGACACAGGAGCCACCGGCUGCCGCUUCGAGGAGGCAGCCACCACCCUCCAGGUCACCCGCUCGACCCAGCUCCCUCGGCCGUGGGACGAUGUGCCGGGCGCCCACCCCUUCCCGCCUGGCCCCAGGCACACGGGACAGCGUGGGGGUCCGCCACGCGCCGUGUGGGAGCACCCCGGGAAAAACCCUUUUGGCACCAGCACGGGGCAGGUCCAUGGCACCCAGCACCAGGCUGACAUCUCGAAAAAGCACCCAGCAAGGAGGCAAAUCUGUGGCAGCUGCCAUGCCCCAAGAAGGGGGGGUCCCUGCUGCGGCAACACCCCGUGCCCCCAGCCCCAUCAAGGUUUGUGCCCCCGUCCUGCACCAGGAUGCCCGCGGAGACUCACAGAGCCAGAAAAGCCCGCGGGAAGGGAGCCAGGGAGCUCUUGGCCGGGGCCAACCACCCUCACCCCGAAAUUCCUCCAGCCAGCCUCUGAAACAGGACGGCAGCAUUAAAUCCCCCAUCAAAGCCAGCCCAGCGGUCUGCCAGCCCCCCAGCCCUCCGGCUCAUUUUGCAGAUGGGUGCAAGGUCUGUGAUGCUGGGGAGGGUCCCCAGGGAACCCAGCAGUGCCACCCAGCCCCGAGCCCAAGGGCUGGGGGUGCUGAGGGACCUGGGGUGCCAGCGGACAAACCGGGGGGAGCCUGUGACCCCAGCGGAGGGAACGAGGGUCUCCGGGGAUGCUGGGGACACGUGCAGCCCCCCGGCUAUGGCAGGGUGGUGGAGGAACUCUCCCGUGGGAGGCAACCCCUGCGCCCCGUGGGGCUGGGGAACUGGGUCCCCAAAACACCCCCGCAAGCUGCCCCGCAGCCCACCGCCCUCCCGGCUGGGGGGGAGGCGGAGGUGCUGGGAGCAGGGGGUCAGACCCCACGGGGACCCAGGGCCAGCAACGUCCCCAAGCCCCGGCGGUGCCUGAAGAAACCCGAACGCGUGCCCUCCAUCUACAAGCUGAAGCUGCGGCCCAAGGCUCGUCCCCGGCGGGACCACAGGCCGGGCAAGCGCCCCUCGCGUAUCCCCACCCCGCUGGGGCAGCGCCCACCAGCCCCCCGGGGCCAGCAUCACCCCCCGGGACCCCCCCGGCACCCCGAGCCCAGUGGCACCCGCUCCGGGGCCAAGCCCUCGCCGGCUGACAGCGGUGCCUGGCUGACCGAGGAUGAUGAGGAGGCGUGGGUCUGA